CGCUGUUGUUACGGAUGUCUGUCAGCAGGCUAGUGAGUCUACUAGCUGCAUUUGGGGUAAAUUUAGCUCUAGCUUUGAUGGAUUUCUACUUCGGUUUUAUUUCUUACCCAAUAUGAGUAGCACAUAAAUGUUGUUUGAUAGGCUACGUCUUAACCCGUCAAGGCCAUUAUCUAGCGGAGUUGUUGCAAGGAGGGCAUUUUCCUUUUUUGUUGGUAGCUAGCACCAACAGGGCUGAACAACAGAUUUCCCAAUUUGUUGCUGCCACUCCUUCUGCGUUGAUCUAAAUUGUUAACUGUUCUUCUAAAAUAAUGUUCAAGACAAAGGUUCUUAUUAUUGGUCCAAGUGAGAGUGGGAAGACCGUAUUGGCCAAUUUCCUAUCGGACACAGUCGAGACAAUCGGGGGAAAUUACAGCCCAACACAAGGUGUAAGGAUACUGGAGUUUGACUCACAGAAACAUGGAAGUGGUGACAGAGACUCUUCAUGUGAGGUGGAACUAUGGGACUGUGGUGGUGAUUUCAAGUUUGAAUCUUGCUGGCCAGCACUAAUGAAGGACUCCAAUGGUGUGGUCAUCGUGUUUAACGCAGACGUACCCAGCCAUGUGAGGGAGGUGGAGACCUGGCAUUCAACGUUUGUUGCCUCUCAGGGAUUAGAGGACAGUCAGUGCCUAUUACUGGUACACCACAAGCCUGGGAGUGGAACGGAUACUUCACCUCCGUCACUGGCAUCCCAUUUGAGUAAACUGCCCCUUGUGCAUUCCAAUCUGGAAGAGGACCCAGAAGAUGUGCGGCGUGAGUUUGGACAAUUUUUGACAAGCGUUGUGAAGACCAUGUCUGAGAACCGUGAGAAUGAAGAAAUGUCAAUCAUCACAUGAAACUUCUUUCCUUGGUAUGGAUACAUGGCAUCACCUAUUCAUCAUCUCACUCCUGGGAAGAUGGAACAAUACUACAGAAAUCACUUUGCCAUAUCAGAGACAUUCCACCAUUCCUGGAACCAAGCUUGUUUUACACCUCACCUUGAGUUAAAUGAUCACAUUUAGCUUGAAGAUGUAAAAUGAGCCCAUUUUCAGAAUGGUGUAAUUUUGCUUUACGUGUCUUUAACAUGUAUGCUUAAGAUAUGUACAUACUUUUUCAUCUGGUCUAUUUUAUAAGCAAUUCCCAUGUAUGCUUCAGAUAUGUACAUACUUUACCACCUCUAAAAUGUUGCAUUAAAAAAAAGAACAUGCUGUC